UUUACGUUAUUUUUAUUUUCUUUUUUGCUGAUCCUACCAUCUGUCAAAGUCAGCUUUGGCCGCCAUUGAAGAUUCGUUUCUUUAAUGAACUGACUAGUAUUUAACCUACUUUUUUAUAAAUUCUAAAUAAAAAUAUUAUUAUAACAAAACAUACUGUGGAACAUACGGGCUACGGCAUACCUACCAGAAUCCCAAAACUACUUUCAAUCAAAAUGACAAGAUACUGUAUAAACUGAACUUAAACUGAAAAACAUAAUAUAUUUUCUACUCGGUGCAGCCUGCAGCUCCUACUUUUAUAGUGAGCUUACGUGUGUUUUACGCUGAGUAUGAGAGAUGAACACAGCCUUAUCCAGGAGUAGAGUGAGCGCAGAGCAACUAGAUCUGCUGCUGACGUUUAUGGAAGAGCACCGCGAUUUUGCGGCAGGCAAACAAUCUAUUUACUCUCGAUUCAGUGCAAGUAAAUUGUGGCGCCUUCUUGCUGAAAGACUUAACGCUGCCGCGGCAGAUACCGGUGGAGCUCGCAAGUCACCCGAUAAAUGGUGCCGAUACUGGGCAGAUGUAAAGUACAAAGCUAGAAAGAAGUCUGCUGCAGGAGGUGCUCUAGGGGAUCUUUCCACUGCUGAAGAGCGACUACAGAACCUCCUUAAUUGUAAAGCCGAAUCAAGCAGCGUAGGCGCCGGUGUCGGAGGCGGACAGUCGGACGAGGAGCGCAAGCCGUCGUUGGACGACGACAUGUACUCGGAGGGGUCGGGCGCCGCGCCCGAGCCGCGCCUCGCCACCGAGGAGCUGCUCGCCGAGGCCGCCAUGCGCACCGCGCUCGCCGCCGAGAAGCAGGCCGAGGCCGUCGCGCAGGCCGUGGAGCUGCUGCGCGACCUAGUGGCGCUGCUGCGCGAGCGCGCGCCGCCGCCCGCGCCCGCGCCCCCGCCGCCGCCGCACGAGCACGCGCUCGCCAUGCAGCACCACCACCACCGGCUCUAGCGCGGCGCGCGCGCGGCGGGCCGGC